ACACAUACACACAUACACACACACACCACACACACACACACACACACACAUACACAUAUACCCAACAGCAAGCAUUGGGUCUAAUGAGGUCUGACAUUGUCAGUACUUCUAUCCAGGAGCUCCUCCGCCUAUAUCAAUGACCGAGUGCGCUCGCCAACUAUCCACUCCACUCAACAAUUGAGCUUCUCCUCAAGCCGGCGGAGGAACGCGUCCUGCACACCAACUUCAGAUGAACAUGUUCCACACAGCCACCAAACGCUGUUUUACAAUCGAGUCUCUGGUGGCGAAGGAUAACAGCCCUCUGUCGCCGGAGGAACCUCUCCGACCCACCGCUCUCAGUUACCCGCCUUCCGCCGAUGCGUUCCCCAACUUCCAGACAGCGGGUCGUUCUCUGUACUCGGGGCCGGACCUUAUGUUCCAGGAAACGGUCAGUCACCCCACGCUGCCCGUCCACCCUCACCAGCUCGGGACUCAUCACCUGCAAAGUCCUCACCCGUUCUUCUCGUCUCAACACAGAGACCCUCUCAAUUUCUACCCCUGGGUCUUAAGGAACCGAUUAUUCGGACACAGGUUUCAAGGGGCGGACGGGGCCCAGGACACCAUGUUACUGCACGGACCCUUCGCCAGGAAGCCCAAGCGGAUCCGCACCGCCUUCUCGCCGUCGCAGCUGCUGCGCCUGGAGAGGGCCUUCGAGAAGAAUCACUACGUGGUGGGAGCCGAGAGGAAGCAGCUCGCCAGCAGCCUGAGUCUGUCGGAAACCCAGGUGAAGGUGUGGUUCCAAAACAGAAGAACAAAAUAUAAGCGGCAGAAGUUGGAGGAGGAGGGUCCCGACUCGCAGCAGAAGAAGAAAGGCUCCCAUCACGUCAACCGCUGGAGGUUGGCCACCAAACAGUCCAGUCCCGAGGACAUAGAUGUCACCUCAGAAGACUAGCCAGGGAGAUGUGGGCAGAGAGGAGCGAGCACUAAGGAGAUUACACAAAAGCAUGGACAUUUCCAACAGCAUAAGGAGAAGGGGGAAGCAAUUUGCAGACCAACGCAUUGACGAUGCCCUGUGCAAAAUGUUAUGGGUGGCCGGAUCUGAAAAUGCACUUCGGGAUGUGGAUGGGAGAGUGUGACUCUUUUCCAGUGACAUUUAACCAUCCACUGUAUAUAUAUAAAUAUAUAUUAUAUUAAAAGUUAUCCGAAAAAAAUAAACUUUUUUUUAUUUAUUUGAUGUUCCUCUUUGCAAUGUGGCUCUUCAACUUGUAAGCAGAAAGGAGGCUAUGAAGAUUUGAAUUGUUGGUCCUCUCAGCUAUGAUGGUGCGGGGGGAGCAGGUGGAGAAAAGGACAUGUUCUGGUUUUGCGGGGAGGAGUUGUUGAUGUUUUCAGGUGGAAAGUUUGCCACUGCACUCUAACGGAGACUUAUCGUGCAAAAAAUGUUUGCAGAGUUUUCCCACUGAAGCCCCGAUGUUCGUGCUAUUAGCAACAUCUUUUGUGCAUUAUGACGGUGUCACACAUGUCACACGUGUCAAUGCAAGGUAGAUGUGGUCAGUGCUUUACCCAUGACAUCUCUACACUUUCACCCCUGCCCUUGUGAAUCACCGACUUUCACUGGGACGUGUCCGUAGCCCCCACCAUCCCCUACAUCCAGGACCUUAUUCACAGGGGUGCUCUACCUGUCUGAGAAGCGGUCUGAUCUAUCCCCAACUCUGAGACAGGCAGACAAAAAACAGGCGAACGGACAAACACACUCGGACACAGACCAACAGACACACUGAGAAAGGCAGACUGAAAAACACGCUCAAGAACAUAAACACAGGCAGAUAGACACACACAGGCACACAGACUGAUGCAUGCACGCACACACAGAUGCACACAGACAUGCAUGCGCACACACACAGACACGCAGAUGCGCGUACACGUGCGCGCGCGCACGCACACACACACACACACACACACACACACACACUCACACACACACACAGAGUCAGGCAGACAGAUGCACAGAGAAAUGGACACAGAUAUAGACACUUGUCCAUGGACAGGUACACAGGAAGUCACAGGCAUUCAUAGACACGCACACCCAAAACACAUGUGAAACAUGCACAAACACAGACACACAAUCACACAGACACAGACACACACACUCAUUAGUGGGGAUACCUGCUGAGACACUUCCUGUGGAGAAUCCUCUGUCAACUCUCCAUGUAAAGGUGAUGGUCCAACACACCCCUGUUGAGCCUGGUUAACGUAGCUUCCUCACAGUCAACCCAGGCUUCUUCCCACUUCCCCAUAAGCAGACUGUAAAUAGCUGUGAUGUAGUUCAUGAUUGAGAAGUGGUGUGUGCGUCAGAAAGUUAACUAUCAUUAUUUUGCUCCCCCCCCCUGCAUUCUCUGAAACCUCAGUACAUGAAUAAAGGCUUGCAAUAUUUCCUA